ACGGCCAAAUUCCGUGCAACCUGGAAAGCCCUGGCCGCAAGUCUUCCUGAGUGGGCAGUGAGCAUCAAUUUUCCAGCCACAGGUCAGCUGCGUUCAUAAGUUGAGCAAGAAACCAUGAAACAACCCAAGGGGCCCGAAAAGAGCAAGAGAAAGGGCAAACCCAAUGACUCAAUCCAAACGUGCGGAGAGAGUGCCCGCCCCGUCACAUUUGUAGUGAACAGGGCGGGUUUGAUGGCACCCUUGAACGCCCAGCAAUCGGAACCUGACCCUGAGGCGAUGGAGGUUGUCGAUGUUGAUCCGAGUGGUGAUAAGUCCAAAGAUGUCACUACCCAAGAGACGGCAAUACUGGUAUCAUCCCAGGGCUCUCUCGGUUCAAGCUCUGCCAACACUCCCCGCAAGAAGACUGGAUCCGCAAACAACCAGACCUCGAUUUUUGGCUGGGUUGAACGAAUUAGCUCCACUUCCAAGAGUCCCACAAGUAGCGCAUCGAGUGCCGGCAACAAAACAAAUGCCAGCCCUCCAGUCUGUGGCGGAAAAGGUCGCAAGACUGGGCCCAGCCACAAGAAGGGAGACGCCGCAACUACCAUUGUCGAGUGGAGAAAGAGGGCCCGUACAGAAUCCGAAUCGAUUUUACGGGGCUCUCGUUCCAGGCGCAGAGUUGACUCUUACGACUUUGAUACGGCCAGCUCUCUAGCAGAGUCCUCUAACUCCCAACAACAGGCCACCGACACGGUCGACUAUACCAAGAGACAUGGCAAGGGCUAG